UCCAGAUGGCUUUACUCUGAUGUAUCAAGAUGUGGAGUUUGGGGGUCAGUUCUUCACAUUGACGUCUAUAGAAGAUGUGCAAGACAUGGCUACCCUGAAAGUUGUCCAAGUUGAAGCAGUCAUUUUAAAUCGCAGCGCUGUGGAAGAAGAAGAUGACAACUUACCAGAAUCAGACGUCAUGUCAUCCACAUCUUUAGCAUCCCAGGACACCGUUUUGCUUUCUUCAUCAUCUGAUGAAAGUCCUGCAUCAUACCGUUCCCGACCAUGGCCAAGACAGUUCGAUAUUCCACCAUUUUCCUUUGAAAUAGAGCUCUUGCUGGAGGCAGAUAACCGAGCUUACAACACCAAUGGAACUCUCUUAAACAACCCAAAAGUGACAAGAAGAAGAAGAAGAAGAAGAAGAGAGGGUGGUUCUGCUCACAGAAGUGAAAAAGACCAACAACAACAAGAUUAUCAGUGAGAAAAUGGAGAAGACCUUUCCAUAUCGGCGGUUGGAGGUUGUCAACCAGAUGCCUGCUGUCCCAGAUGUCAUGGAGAGAUGGCCUGCCCUUUUCUACGAAUCUCAGGUGAAGGAGGAGUUCAAGAGGAUCACAACUAUCAACCUGGACCGAACCUUUUUGACUAAGAUGGAUUUCUACACUCCAAAACUCCUGACUGUUUUCAAGACAAAGGGUGGGACUUCAGGCACAAAAAUAAAAAGUGUGUUGGAGUCACUCAAUCAGCAACAGAUCGAUAGCCAUGAUGCGGUCAUCCGUUGUCUGAUCCAUUUCCUGGGAGAAUCGACAGAGGAGCUCAUUAAGGACUACCAGCAGGAUGUUUCCAAGGAUGUCAUCGAACAAGACAUCAAAGACGGUGUGAUCAAGAUCCUUGUGCUGGGCAGUGCUGCAGAGGGUGCCCCCCCAACUGAUGUCAUCAUUGUGGUUGAUGGUACAGAGGUAUUGGGUGGUUGUAAAACACUCACCAAUGCUUGCAUUCUGCUCAUGGGCUUUGUGUACUCACUGAAUCUCAGUUAUCCUCCAAAAUUGAAAUACACAUUUGAAGUGUUUCAAAAGUUGCUUUUGGAGUUGGAUGAUUUAAAGUUCUCCCCCAAAGUGGAUUCUCUGAGAAGGAUACUGUUACAGUAAAAGGGAAAUGUGACUACAGCUCAUGCAGCAGAUGCAAUUGACUUAAUUGCGAAGUUGUUCAUAACUGUUCAUGAAAGGCUUUUAGUUAUGCACCUUGUUCUUUAGUGUAGGUUUGUUUCAUGACUUGAAUUACAGUAUGUAAAAAUGGACCUGUACAGGUUGGUGGCUUUUUUUUUUUUUUUUAAGAUUUGCAUUCUUUCUUGACUUUGAAUUUUAUUACUGUGUACUUAUAGGUCCAUUUACUAAAUUCCACUCACCAACGCUUGCAUUCUGCUCAUUAUUUUUGUUUCUGCUUUUUUUAUAUCUUAUGAUUUUAUAUUUUCACGUAGAAAAUGC